AACCGGAGAACACAUGUUCGAGAACCAGAAUAUCUUGUUAACGUGUUUGCUUUGUUAAGAAAUCGAAUCACGAUGGAUACCAAGAAUUUUGAAAUCAGAUUAAUUAACGACGAAAAGGGAAAGGGUCUCUUUGCUACUCGUCCAUUUAAAGAUGGGGAUGUAAUUUUGGAGGAGAAACCUAUAGUUUGUUGUCAGUUUUCUUGGAAUUUAGAAUAUGGAUAUUUAGCAUGCGACAACUGUUUAACACCUUUAGAGACUGCGGAAGAGAAUGUACAUAGAUUAACAGAAAAUCCAGCAAUUAUUUUACCUCAUGCAGAGUGUUGCGAAACGAAAAAAGAUUUAAUUACGGAAUGCCCAGAGUGUGGCACAAAAUACUGUAGUAUCGAAUGCCAAAACGAGGCUUAUUCGAGAUAUCACAGUACAUUAUGCUUGCACGCAAGAGAAAAAUGUGAAUCUCAUCCGCUUGCAAAAUUAAAUGACACGUGGAAGCAGAUGCAUUAUCCUCCAGAAUCAGGAACGAUAAUGUUACCAGCCAGAAUGGUAGCUCUUGUUAAUCAAGCCAAUAAUAAAGAGGAUAUUCUUUCUAUCUUUUCGCGAUUUUGUCAUUGCGCGAUCAACGAUAUACAGCAAAUUACGCACAAGUUGUUGGAAGAGAAGUUCAUCGGUCAGAUCGACGUACUCAGAGAAAUGAUGCAAAAAGCUUUAAACACCCAAUUUGUAUCGGAUUGGUUUACACCACAAGGUUUUAGAAGUCUGCUAGCUUUGAUAGGUACAAAUGGCCAAGGAAUUGGGACUAGUUCGUUUGCGCGUUGGGUAAAAAAUGUAUCCGCAUUAGAAUUGCCAAGAGGGGAAAGAAUUCGGGUCGACAAAUUAAUAGACCAUAUUUACGAUGAAAUGGAAGAAGCUAUAGGUUCCUUCUUAAACAAUGAAGGCUCCGGUCUUUAUACUCUACAGUCAACAGUAAAUCAUAGUUGUAUACCAAACGCAAUUGUAGAAUUUCCUUACUCGAAUAACGUAUUGGUUUUAAAAGCAAUACGCGAUAUCCAACCCGAAGAAGAAAUAUGUAUAAGCUACCUGGAUGAAUGUGAUCUGGAAAGAAGUAGACAUUCUAGACAAAAAGCUCUAUGUUCUAUGUACUUGUUUCUUUGCCACUGCAAUAAAUGUUUGUUGCAAGCCGACGAUCCAGAUUUAACGUCUGAAGACGAAAUAGACGAGAUGUCUAGCUGAAAAGGUGUAUACGUAUAAUUGAAUUUAUUAUGUUCGUACAUGUUUUACUGUAUACGAUGAUAAAUUUGCAUUCAUAUGUCUCUAUCUUGUCAUUGGAACAAUGUAUGUACUAUACAGCGAUGACUUGAUGGCUAGGCACGCCGAUUGGCCGUAGCUUAAUAGCGACGCCUGCUCUCACACGUCAUUGGCUGAGUCGCUCGCAGCUACAAUUCGUACAGGAACAGAGUACGUGACGUCAUAGUACAAUUUAGUUUGUGGGUGCCUAGCCAACAAGUCAUCUCUUGGUAGUAUGUACUUGCUAUAUCAAGCGAAUUUCAAACUGUCCUCCGCUGACUCGAAGUCCCCUGGCGGGAAUGCGAGGAAAGUAGAAGGGAUACACCUGUU